UUGGAUUUAGUUCUAGUGUAAGCUGGAUAACAGAUGAAAAUGGAAACAUUUUUUAUCUCAAAAUUUAUUUGGAUAAGUCUGGCAAGCCUUGCUCUGAGCCAGGGACUUGAUCCUCCAAACAUUGAACCGUCAUCUGAUCAACCUCUUCUUGAAAUCCCUUUCAUUGACUCAUCAGCAGCUGAAACUUUACCCUCUUCUCCCAUUGAAUUUCCAAAAGCAGGUGAAGUGGCGCCAUAUUUUUCUUCUGAACUCCCACCAACAGCUGAUUCUUUGCCGCCAUCUUUGUCUGAACACCCACCAACAGCUGAUUCUUCGCUGCCAUCUUUGUCUGAACUUCCAUCAAUAGCUGAUUUAUCACCUUCGUCUUCUUCUGGUCAAUCAGCAUUAUUUGGAAAAGAAUCACUAAACGAGAAUUCAGAGUCCAGCUCAUUAUCUGCUCUUGCUUCAUGCUCUGAGCAGGUUCUAGAAAAACGACGCUAUUUGAUCACAAAUAACCUGACACGGUCUGGUGUGACGUCAUCAAUUCAAUUUGAGGAAACCCUGCUUAUUUUCACAAUCAUUUUUGUCAGUGCUAUGGUUAUUGCCGGAGUGUAUAAUACUAUUCAGGGUGCUUUCUAUGACGAGGAUGGGAGUCUAGAUGCAUCCUUUGAUGCAGGAGGAAAUGUUGGCGUUGGAAUCACUGCAGCAACUUUAGUUUCUCAGUGGACUUGGGCAGCUACACUUCUUCAGUCCUCUUCAGUCGGAGCUAAGUUUGGAAUCAGUGGUCCUUACUGGUACGCUUCAGGGGCAACAAUACAGGUAUAA